AUGGGUACGCGCAGAAAAAAUAAAAACAUAAUUGGGGACGAUAAGAAUGAAAGUAAUGAAGAGAAACAGAGAGAAGAGCAGAAGAAGAUGGAAUCAUCUGGAGAAGGAGAAAAAUCAAAGGGUACAGAAGGAGAAGAAAACAAUUUAAUGAUGAUGCUAACGAAAAUAAUGGAACAAAAUGAAGAAACCAAGAAGAAAAUGGAAGAACAGAGCAUAAAAAUGGAAGAACAAAGUAAGAAGGUAGAAGAGCAAAUAGAUAAAAUUAAGGAAGAAUUAUGGGAGAAACUAGAAGCAAAGAUGGAAAAUUACGUCGAGAAGAUCAACAAAAACCAAGAAAGACUAUACAAAAAAAUUGACACGCAAGAAAGCAAAAUUGAACAAAUGGAUUCUAUCUAUUUCAACAAGUAG